AUGCCGUCACCUCCGCGUUCCACAAUUUUCUGUUUCGUCCUGCCCAUCUUGACAAGAAUGGCGACUACGGCAGCCGCACCACUCUGUCCAGACACUAUCAGCACCGCAGGAGGCGGGAUUCCGGACAGCAAUGAGCCUCCCAUGGUGUCGGCGGAAGCGAUCAGAGAAUUCCAACUGGCCCUCUUUCUCGAAAACCUGGAAUCAUCCUAUCUUCAAAGCGGACUUCAAAAUAUUUCUACCUGGGGAACGGCGGGCUACCCAAAUGACACGACCGAAGUUCUCAGCACAAUCGCGGCGCAGGAGGAAGUACACGUUGCAACAAUUGCGAAUCUGCUCAACGGCUACGGAGCCCCUGUAAUUGCUCCUUGCCAGUAUUCCUUCCCGGUGGCGUCCAUUGAUGAGUUCAUCGCCCUUGGCGACAUCAUCACCUCAGUGGGCAUCAGCGCACUUAUCGGGCUGGCCGAUCGAGUCUCGUACACUGAUCCUGGGAUUGUCAAUACGGUGUCGUCGAUCGUGACAGUCGAGUCCCGCCAUGACGCCUUCUUCCGCCACGUGGGCGGCAGAGUCCCUAACCCAGCUCCAUUUGACACCGGGAUUAGCAGUAUCUGGGCGUACAAUUUGGCUCUUCCAUUUAUCGUGCCUGGAUCGUGUCCAACGGAACUCCCAGUACCCAUUCUGCCCACAUUAACGGUGUCAGCCCCGACUACGGCUGACAACAGAUCUUCAGCGGCCACGGGAAUAGCGUCGAGCAUCGCACCUUAUCAAAAUACCACCACGGGCCCCGCUACCGCUGCGAACACCACCGUGGUUCCGUCAGAAAUGGCAUUCUCCUGGGAUCCAAUGCAGAUGCCAUUCGUUUUCGAGCAGGGAAAACAGUUGUUUGUUGGCUGGACCAAUCAGCUGAAUGUGCCGGUGUAUACGGUAUUAUCGAUCGUUGGUCAAGGCAGGGGAGUUGCGGAUGUACCGCAAGGACUCAAUGGGGCGGUGUUUGCAGCGGUAACAAGUCAAUUGCCUGAUAAUGACUAUGACCUGGCCCUCGCAACCUUAGCAGGCCCGGUUGCGUUGUCACUCUCUUAG